GAAGAGAAAUUGAGAGAUGAGUAGAUCACGAAAGCAUCAAGCAUCAGGUUUGGGCGAAGAAGAAAGAAAAAUGGAUAUGGAAAUAGACAUGUUCCUCAAGAGACUCUCUUGCUGUGCCAUUGCCAUAGCAUCCCUCACUCUCCUCUUCCUCUUCCUCCAAACCCCCGAUACCUGCGUUCCACCUGACGCACCUUCCAAGCCCCAUCUCCGCUUCCCCAAGUCCACCUGCGACUUCUCCACGCGCCUCCACGUCCCAUCCGAGAAGAAGAACACGCGCCUCUGGUCCACGCGCGACUGGACCAGCAAGGUCCAUUCCUAUUCCAACAUUUUCAUCUCAAUCCGCGAUCUCGGUCUUCUCCGUAACCAUUCCAAGGUUCUCUGCGUCUCCGCCGGCGCCGGCCACGAAGUCGCCGCAAUUUCCGGCCUCGGCGUCGAGGAUGUCACCGGCGUCGAGCUCGUGGAAUCGCCGCCUCUCGUCAGCCGUGCCGAUCCACACAACCUGCCCUUCUUCGACGGCGCGUUCGAUCUCGCGUUCACGGCGCGCUUCGACCAGGCGCUGUUCCCGGCGCGAUUCGCGUCGGAGAUGGAACGCGCGGCGAGGCCCGGUGGCGUGUGCUUUGUUCUUGUUGAGGAGUGUGGGGUUGAUGAGGUGAGGGAAGUUGUGAGUUUGUUUAGGAAUUCUAGGUUUGUUAGCUCCAGUAAUGUUACUUUGAUUGGAAUGAGAAUGACCAGUAUUCUUAUGAGAACUAGAAAAUCUUCUUCUUGA